AGGAGUCACAUGGACUCAACUUUCCAACUGGUGUCCAGUUGUUGUACACUGCUCAGUCACACACUCUGUGGGGAGCUGCCUCACACUGUUGUGUAAUUUUUCUUGUUUUGCGUCUGAUUUUAAAUUUUCUUUUCUUUUUUAUUUCGGCAUUUUUCUGCCUUUCGUGCAGACACCGGUUGCCCCCCCUUUGCGCUCUGACCAUGCUGCAAACUUCACACUUUGGCAAUUGAAGCCCGUUUUUGUGAUGUGAAACUUUUGAACUGCAGAAGGAAAUUUGCUUUUUUUUUUUUUUUUUUUUUUUUUUUAACACACUCAGAAUGACUGAGGAGAGCAGAAGUGAGCACAGAGCUGAAAGCGGGAAGGACUUGGAGAAGCAGCUCCGGCUACGAGUUUGCGUCCUAAAUGAACUUUUAAAGACUGAACGGGAUUAUGUUGGGACGCUAGAGUUUCUCUCGGUGUUUCUACAUCGUCUCAACCAGUACGCAGCCACCAAACUCGACAAGAACAUCACGGAGGAAACGGUUAAGGUUUUAUUCUCCAACAUUGAGGAGAUUCUGGCCGUUCACAAAGACUUCCUGUCCAUGGUGGAGGAGCUGCUGCAGCCCGACCCUCACGCUCACCAUGAAAUCGGCCGCUGCUUUUUGCACUUUAGGAGCCGCUUCCAGAUUUAUGAUGAAUACUGCGGGAAUCACGAGAAGGCCCAGAGGCUGCUGCUGGAGCUCAAUAAGAUCAGGAGCGUCAGAACAUGUUUACUGAACUGCAUGUUACUGGGAGGCAGAAAAAACACAGAGGUCCCACUGGAGGGUUACCUGGUCGCUCCUAUACAGAGGAUUUGCAAGUACCCAUUGCUGCUCAGAGAGCUGCUGAAGAGGACCCCUAAAAAACACAAUGACUAUGCCCUGGUGCAGGAGUCUCUGCAGGUGAUGAAGGCUGUGUGCUCCAGCAUCAAUGAGGCCAAGAGACAGAUGGAAAAGCUGGAGAUUUUAGAGGAAUGGCAGUCGCAUAUCGAGGGUUGGGAGGGCUCCAAUAUCACAGACACAUGCACGGAGAUGCUCAUGCACGGUGUCCUGCUGAAGAUCUCAGCCGGGAACAUACAAGAGAGGAUUUUCUUCCUGUUUGACAAGCUUCUGGUCUAUUGCAAGAAGAAAAAUAGGCGCUUAAAAAACAGCAAGACUUCCACCGAAGGUCCUCGCUACCUGUUCAGAGGAAGAAUCAACACCGAGGUGAUGGAGGUGGAAAAUGUGGACGAUGGCACAGCCGACUACCACAGCAGCGGGAACAUAGUGAACAACGGCUGGAAGAUCCACAACACAGCCAAGAACAAGUGGUUCGUCUGCAUGGCCAAGACCCCAGAGGAGAAACAGGAGUGGCUGGAGGCCAUCAUGAAAGAGAGGGAACGGAGGAAAAGUCUGAGGCUUGGCAUGGAGCAGGAUACGUGGGUGAUGGUGUCAGAGAAGGGAGAGAAGCUCUACCACCUCAUGACCAAGGGUAACCUCAUUAAGGACCGGAAGCGCAAGCUCACCACCUUCCCCAAGUGCUUCCUGGGAAGUGAGUUUGUGUCCUGGCUGAUGGAAAUUGGUGAGACAGGGAACCCAGAGGAAGGGGUUCACCUGGGUCAAGCUCUGCUGGAGAAUGGCAUCAUCCACCACGUCACAGACAAACACCAGUUUAAACCCGAGCCUGUACUGUACCGCUUCCGCUAUGAUGAUGGCACCUACCACCCCAGAAGUGACAUGCAUGAUGUUAUAUCCAAGGGCGUUCGUCUAUUCUGCCGUCUUCACAGUCUCUUCACUCCUGUCAUCAGGGAUAAGGACUAUCAUUUGCGGACCUAUAAAUCAGUAGUCAUGGCUAACAAGCUGAUAGACUGGCUUAUAGCACAGGGGGACUGCAGAACGAGAGAGGAAGCAUUGAUCUUGGGGGUGGAGCUGUGCGACAACGGCUUCAUGCAUCACGUGCUGGAGAAGAGUGAAUUCAAGGACGAGCCUUUGCUGUUCCGCUUCUUUGCUGAUGAGGAGAUGGAGGGUUCCAACACCAAGCACAAACCUAUGAAGCAUGACCUGAAAAUAGUUGAGAACGUCAUCUCCAAGUCUCUCCUGAUAAGGCCCAGUGAUGGAGGCUACGGCUUUACCCUGGAAGAGAGGAACCGGGUUCCCAUCAUCAAAUCUGUGGAGAAGGGCUCGCCAGCUGAGAUGGCUGGACUAGAAGUGGGGAAGAAGUUGUUUGCCAUAAAUGGAGACCUGGUCUUCCUCAGACCAUUUGCUGAAGUUGAAAUCCUCCUCAGGCAAUGUUUUAACAGCAAAGGACCCCUCAGGGUGCUGGUCAGCACCAAGCCAAGGGAGACUGUAAAGAUCCCAGACUCGGCUGAUGGGUUGGGUUUCCAGAUCCGUGGAUUUGGCCCGUCUGUGGUCCACGCUGUGGGGAGAGGCACGGUGGCAGCCAUCGCCGGCCUCCACCCGGGCCAGUGCAUCAUCAAGGUGAACGGCAUCAAUGUGAGCAAGGAGAGCCAUGCCAGCGUCAUUGCUCAUGUCACUGCGUGCAGGAAGUAUCGGCGACCUACGCAGCAAGAUACUAUUAAGUGGGUAUACAACAGCAGUGAGAGCGCCCAAGAAGACAACCAGAAAACCAACCAGAAACCCGCCCCUGAGGAGAACGGAGACGGCUUUGAGUGCAAAGUAGAAGAGGUGAUGGACAAGUUCAAUACUAUCGCGAUUAUUGAUGGGAAGAAGGAUCAUGUAAGUCUGACAGUAGACAACGUCCAGCUGGAGUACGGAGUGGUGUAUGAGUACGACAGCACAGCGGGCAUCAAGUGUCAUGUGCUGGAGAAGAUGGUUGAACCCAAGGGAUUCUUCAGCCUCACUGCUAAGAUCUUGGAGGUGCUGGCACGUAACGAUGACCUGCUGGUGCAGAUGUGUGGCAGGCUGAGUUCCAGCUGUGAUGUGAUCCCCGAGGAGCUGCAGGUUCGCUUCAGUGCCAUGUAUGGCGAGAGGGUGGAACACAUCAACCGACGCAUCACCAACUACAGAAAGUUUUCUCGGGUACUCAAGAACAGGGCAUGGCCUACUUUUAAGCAGGCCAAGGCUAAGGUGUCCCCUCUGCAUAGCAGCGACUUCUGCCCCACAAACUGUCAUAUCAACGUGAUGGAGGUGUCCUACCCUAAAACUAAGACUUCUCUGGGCAGCGCAUUUGGCGUGCAGCUGGAUAACAGGAAGAACACUCUGGAGAAGGGAGGACGCAGCGGUGCUGAGCAGGGUAAACUGAACCCCAUGGUAAAUGUGCAGCACACCAUCACAACUAUGGCUGCACCGUCAGGUCAUAGCCUGGGCCGCACGGAGGGCCACGGCCUCCGUUUCCUGCUCCGAGAAGAAGACCUGCUCACUUUGGAUUCAUAUCAGAAACUCCUCUACAAACUCACCGCCGUUGUCAAGGAGAUGGAGACACAUGGUGGACAUAUUCAUGAUCUUCUUUCCUCCAUCACCCAUCCUCCAGCAUCAGAGGUGAGGACCCCUGAGAGCUACAUUUCUGCCGAGAGUGAAGGAGAGAAAAGUGAAAAGAAUGGCAAGAAAGUUUGUUUUAAUGUGGCAGGAGACGAGCAGGAGGACUCUGGACACGACACAAUCAGCAACAGAGAUUCAUACAGUGACUGUAACAGCAACAGAAACUCCAUCGCCUCCUUCACCAGUAUCUGCAGCAGCCACUGCAGCUCCUACGUUCACAGCGAUGAGAUGGACUCAGGAGAUGAAAUGCCCUCCAGCGUGUGGCUGUCCCAUGAUAAGCAGAAGAAACUUCACAGCUUUCUGGAGCAUCUGUUUAGCCAGGUGGACUCGAUCACCAGCAUGCUGAGAGGAGCAGUGGUGGCUCGGGCGUUUGAGCAGACCAAGUGCUUCACACCUGGAAGAGGAUUACAAGAGUUUCAGCAGGAGAUGGACCCUAGAGUGAACUGCACCAAAAAGUUACGCCUCCACGUCAAGCAGGAUCCCUGGAACCUUCCCAGCAGCGUUCAGGCACUCACACAAACCAUCGCUAAAUAUGUUGAAGAGGUGAAGACACGGCUGCUCUUGGUCUUACUACAGUAUACAGACUCAGAGAUCCAGUUACGUCGAGAUAUGGUGUUCUGUCAGUCUCUAGUUGCAGCUGUGUGUGCUUUCUCAGAGCACCUGCUGGCUGUGCUCAACCAGUUCCACAAUGUAGGCAGAGAGCUGGACCAGGACCUCCCGGACCCCCAGGACCUACAGGAGGCCCAGGAAGCCAGCCGGCGUUGGCUGGAGCAGAUUGCCAGCGCUGGGCUGCUCUUCCAUUUCCAGUCACUCCUCUCCCCCAAUCUGACUGAUGAACAGGCCAUGCUGGAGGACACUCAGGUUGCCCUGAUUGACCUGGAGAAGGUCACCUUCUACUUCCAGCAGUUUGAAGGGGAGCCGCUGGUUGCCAACAUACCCAUUUCAUACCAAGUGGAGGGCAACCGCCAGGCCUUGAAAGUUUGCUUCCACCUUGAGAGUUUCUACUUCUCACAGCUGCCUUACAGGCUGAAACAUGGAGGAGGCAUCAAAAUCUACCCAGUGCUUUUCACACAAGCGCUGGAGAGUAUGGAGGGAUACUACUACAGAGACAAUGUAUCAGUGGAGGAAUACCAGGCCCAAAUCAAUGCUGCCUCAUUGGACAAAGUCAAACAGUACUACAAGAGACUGAGGGCUUUCUACCUGGAUCAGUCCAACAUGCCGCCCAGCUCUGCACCCAAAGCUGCCCUCAUCGAUAAGUUAAUGCGUCCCCUCAAUGCUUUGGAUGAGCUCUACCGUCUGAUGGAAAGUUUUAUCAGUUGCCGCCGCACCGCUGCCUGUCAGUACACCGCCUGCGGGGCUUCCGGAGUGGGGCUGCUCUCCGUGGCCUCGGAACUCUGCUCACGUCUGGGCGCCACACACAUUGUCAUGUGCAACAGCGGUGUUCACCGCUGCACCCUGAGUGUGACGCUGGAGCAGGCCAUCCUGCUGGCUCGAAACCACGGCCUUCCCCCUCGCUGCAUCAUGCAGGCCACUGAUGUCAUGAGAAAACAGGGAGCAAGAGUUCAGAAUUCCGCCAAGAAUCUGGGAGUGAGAGAUCGCACACCGUCAUCAGUCCCAAGGUUGUACAAGCUGUGCCAGCCUCCGCCCCCAGACGGUGAUCCAUAAUGCGUCCCGGAAGCUGCCGAAGAAGUCUUGAGGAAUGAAUUCCAGUCAAACUUUUCCCUCCACCAAUGGAUUAACCCAUUGAAGACAGUUGCUGGGUCCAUUUUUUUCUGUCCAGAAUAGGUGCCUAAAGUGUAAAUAGGAUUUCCAAACCCAAAAUAGUAUUUUAAUACUUUAUAUUUUUCACUGUUGUACUUUAUACAUAUUUUGAUUUUUUUUAUUAUUGUAUAAUGCAUCAGAUAAGACAGCAGUUCAGAAUGAUUAAACAAAAGAUUUACACCCAGAGAAAGGAGCUAAAUGAGCUCAAUGAAAUCGAAUCCAUCCCGCUGGUUGACUGUCUGCAUAUUAUGGGCUGAAAAUUAAGUUUGUUUUUAUGACAGACAUUUGCAUUUUCAUAUUAGCUUAAUUUGCAUAUGAACUAAAAAAAAUGAUAAUAUUGAUUAGGAGCAUACUGGAUGUAAUCUGGCACUGUGUUUGUUCAAAUUAGCCAGUAAUUUGUCUGCUUCUCUUCAGCUCUGACUUCAAUGCCUUAUCAGUUCUGCCAGUAUUGGGUAAUCAUAUGAAUGUGUGUGUGUGUGUGGGUGGGUCUGUGUGUGUGUGUGUAUGUGUGUGUGUGUUUCUUGAUAUGGUGUUUCUUCAUGUGUAAAUAUACAUAUUUAGCAAAAAAUGUGCUGAUGGAGUCAUCCUGUUGCUUCUUGAAGACUGUUACAUGCAUAUGAAGAUUCUCAAUGAUUUAUCAGUAUUAACAUAGUAGCUGUUGGAAAAUAGAGCUAUAUUCUGUUUUUUUUCCUUUUUUAUAUUGACAGUACUCAGGAUUAAAGCAUCCCUGUAUUACUUAUUAUUGGAUGUUGUCAUUGUAGGGUGGAGCUCACUACUAUGCAAUGUAAUGAAAUGCAUCAAUAAGCUCUAGUAGUGUUUCCUAUUUACUGUAUGUUUGAUUAAUGUAUAAAUGAAGACUGACUGUUUUUCUGCCCCAUAUUUCCUACAAAACACUAAAAUGCUGACUUGUAUACAGUUUGUAAAAAAAAUAUAUUAAAGCUGAUAACAGUGGAUGAACA